AUGGUGCGUUUCAUUACCGAUUUGCGCACCCCACCAACAGGGCAAGCCCCGCUCAGAGUGAUAGGAGCUGGUCUGCCUCGGACCGCAACAUCAUCCCUCCAAGCCGCUUUCGAAGAGCUUGGUUUCAACCCCUGUCUACAUAUGGCACAAAUAAUUCCUCACCCCGAUCGGAUGCAACUUUUACUGGAUACAGCCCGAGACGAAGAUACCCCCCGACGACAGAAAUCCAUUCACCAGCUCAUUGACGGUUACUCUGCCGUGUGCGAUAUGCCCUCGAUUUUCUUUCUAGAGGAUUUAAUGGAUAUGUACCCUGACGCCAAAGUUGUUCUGGGGUGUCGGUCAUACCCCGAGGCCUGGGCGAAGAGCUGCCACGAGAGCUUGGGCUUCUUCUUUACUCGCAAGUUUUACUUGACAGGGUUCCUUUGGAAGUCGGAUCGCUUGUGGUAUCAUCUCAAUAUGUAUAUCGUGGAAUGGUGUCGAAAGAAGUUUGGGCAGGAUGAUAUCUUCCAGCCGGAUAUGUAUGAACUAUAUAAUGAGUCAGUUAGACAGGCGGCAAAGGAGCGUGGACGUGACAUUUUGGAGUUCAAGGCUGAGGAUGGUUGGAAGCCAUUGUGUGAAUUCCUUGGAAAGGAAAUGCCAAGCUCAGAAUUCCCACGCGUGAAUGAGAAGAAGACUUUUGCCUUGAUCAAGGCUAUUAUGGUCACUAAAGGGCUGCUUACAUGGGCGGCACUUGGUGGAGCAGUGUGGCUUGGGUGGAGAUAUUUCCCCGCGAAAUUAUGGCACUAA